UGACUACGCCUACCCAGCUCCCGGCCCAAUAUACCAACCUAUGCCUUCCCCAAGUCUGCUUUCCCCUACAACUUCACUAGUUCCCAAUCAUAUGUCUACCCACCAUAUGGCACCACAACAACCCGCGCAACAACAUCAUCUCCAUCACUCGCAUCAUCAUUCCACACAUGAUGCUUAUGGUCAAUGGAUUAAUCCCACACCCACACCGGCCUCUCGACUCGACCCAAACUUUAGAGUAAUGCCCAACACUUAUAAUCCUUAUCCAGCACCGACUGCUGCUACAGCUAUACCCCCCUAUCAUCGGGAUAAUCAUGCAAUCAUGUCUGAAUCUAGUGGUAUUCCCCUCCAUGCUCUCGAACAGUCGUGGAGUAGUCUCAACGUUCAGCAGCGCUGA